CCGCGUCGUCAGCGUAGCGCAUGACCCACAGGGCCUCCGCGUCCGUCACCACCGUCGUCUACUUCCCCGCCGACCUGCCCUUCUUGCCCGUGUACUCCACUUGUGUCCCGAUCUUGACCAUGUCCGCCGUCACCUUGGGGUCCUUGUCGAACUCGGUCACGGCGACCAUGAGCAUCGCGCCAACGAACAAGUUGAACAGCAGCGGGGCCAGGUUGCAUCCCUGUCGGAGGCUGUGUAGACGGUCGGGAGAGAGAGAGCGAGACCACGGGCGAAUGAAGGCCAACGGCGGCUGCCGAAGUGCAGCAUUCCUCCCGCUGUUCGCCCUGAUUUGCGCCGCCGCUGGAUUUACAACAACGUUGUUGUCAUCGCCGGCAAGCUCGCAUGGAUGUGUUUCUCGCCCGCUGCCACAGCGACAUAGCACCAAAACCGGGAGAAGGAGCUGUAGCAUGAGCGAGGGACAACUCGGAGUUGGUUUCGACUUCGGCACAAGCGGCGUUCGAGCCGUGGUGAUUGAUGUCGAAGGCGAGGUGAAGUUCGAUUCCUCGCUACGGUGGGCUGCACCGGACGACCCUGACGAGUGGCUGAGGGCUGCGGACACGCUGAUGGGAGACGUGCCGCUAGCUCUGCGCAAGCGAGUGUCCAGGGUGUGCUUCAGCGGCACGUCGGCGUCCUGUCUUUUGGUUGACAUCCAUGACCCCUGCAGAGUCACGCGAGGCCCCCGGAUGUACUCGUACAACACGCUGACGGAGCCCAUUUCGAUGGAGGCGGCCCGAAGAGCUCUUGGUGCACUGGAACAGAUCGCGCCGGACAAGCACACCACGCUCAGCGGGACCUCGGCGCUGAUGAAGCUGGUGUGCUGGCACCUUGAGAGCCCCAUCGCGCCGGAGGAGGCGUUUUCCCACCAGGCGGAUUACGUCGCAGCGCACGCCAGGGGAGCGAGGGGCCCGGGUUCGAUCGUUUCUGACUGGAACAACGCCCUCAAGGCGGGGUUUGACGUGGAGACGCUGCGAUGGCCCGGGUGGUUGCUGGGGAGCAAGCUCGGCGAGGAGAUAAGGCAUUGUCUUCCCGAGGUGGCGAUGCCGGGAGCCGUGGUCGGGCCAGUGUCCGCCAGCAUGGCGUCGAGGUUCAGCUUGCCACCCACGUGCUCGGUGGUGGCCGGUACGACAGACAGCAUCGCCGCCUUCAUCGCCGCAGACGCCACCACCCCCGGCCACGCGGUCACCAGCCUCGGCAGCACCCUCGCCGUCAAGAUGCUCAGCGAGCGUCGCGUGGAAGACGCAUCGCUAGGGGUAUAUAGCCACCGCCUAGGCAACGCCGGGAAAGUUCGAGGGGCCGCCACCGCCAAGGUGGAGGAAAGCAACCAGAACCAGCAGGGGCGGCGAGAACGCGGUAGCAAUGGUGUCGACGCCGACGAUGCGAACGCGGAUGCGGAUGCGGAUGAGGAUGCCGACCUGUGGUUGGUGGGAGGGGCGUCGAAUGUCGGGUGUGCGGUCCUUCGGGUGGAGGGCUUCGAGGCGAGUAUUUCGUCGGAGCUUGAGGCACGAAGCAGCGACAUCGAUCCCUCGACGGACUCCCCGUUGAAGUACUACCCGUUGCAGAGGGGCACCGUGGGGGAGAGGUUCCCAACCAACGACCCCCUCAAGAAAUCGAUUUUGGAGCCAAGGCCGGAGAACCGGACGGAGUACUUGCACGGCCUGCUUCAGGCCAUCGCCAGAGUGGAGAGCGAGGGGUACGCGGCUCUCGAGGCCCUCGGCGCGACGAGGCUCAACAGGGUCGACACGGCGGGGGGCGGGGCGGUCAAUCCCACGUGGAUGGCGAUGCGGCAGCGAAUGCUCGGAGUCCCUACCGGCAAAGCAACCAACACCGACGCGGCUUACGGCUGCGCGCUACUAGCGAUGCAAGGCCUUCGAAGCACGGGUGCCGCCGUUGCCACCACCACCCCGACAUCGUCGCAAAAUUCAGCAAAUGGUGGUACGUAGAAGAACCGGUGAUGUUUUAUUGGGGGCAGCCGGGAGGGAGGGAGCCCGGUGCUUCACAAACGAAAGUAGAAAUUCCUCCCCUCUUUUGCCGGCACCCUCGUUUCUAGUACGUGCGGGGAGUUCGAACCGUGGGGAGUUUUGAGUGUUGUGAAGAAUUACGAGAGCCGCACGCAUCAGAGUACGAGGUUGGCGGGUGGAAGGGUUGAGUGUAUGGGCGGGUGGGUGCCUUUGAGCUCGAUAGAGCAUGGCAUGGGUCGCUCGUGGAGGGGUGACUGCGAGACGACCGACCCCGUGGACGAAAAGCGUCUUAGAAAUCAGAGGAAACUGUUGCUGCCGUCCCAACCAGCAACUUCCACAAUAUUGUUUUACGAAACAUGCUGCAGACUACCGCCUGUUUUCCGUUUUUGGUCGAAACUUGUGGGCGAUGGGGGGGGGUGCGUUCCGAUCAUGUUGUCACCCCCUCGAUGCCAUUGUGCGGAGUGUUACGGGCGGGCCACUUGUGAAACUCAACAACGUCGAUAACUGGACUGAUUGUUAGGGGGGGUGCUUUACUAUCCACAUCAAUCCUCCAUUUGUCCCGGAACCUCCUUUGGACUUUGAAGUUGUUGGUAUGGUAUUGGGCGCUAGUCGGCCCUGUUCUUCUCAGGAGAGCGACCGCGCACAGCGAGCGCCCUCGUGCGUCGAGACAGCUGAAAUCUUGGCAGGCAAUGUAAGUUACUCGGGAAACCUGAAGCAAGAGCAGUGCGAUGGUAUUGUUUUUGCACACAGGGUUGUAUGCAUAUGGUAGAAGUGGUCUAUCAAUAGAGUUUUCACUCCCUUUUUAUGUGCGUAUAGACAGACAAGUGCAUGGUUUUCGAGCACCAAUUUUUACGUGCGUGCGUUUUGUGUGUUAUUGCUCUCAACCUAUUUCCUGUUUUGGGUGUCCUUGCUCUAGGCUGUGAAGAUGAAGUGGCUGCUUGCUUUAGCUCAGUAGUUGGCUGAGAAGAUGAGCAUAUUGUUGCUUUGGCGUAGCGCGUAGGACGGCGGGCGCGCCACCGCUAGGGGUGGGAAAUGAACGGAUACAGUGGGCUGGCCGGGAUACGAAAGGAUCGAUUUUGUCCCUCGCCAAGAGGGAAGAACGAAGGGGAGAGAGAGACAGGCAGCCAUCAAACCGGCAAGUAAAUGGGGGCCAUCGCAAGGGAACAUACACUCCAGACUUUGAUGCGGUCGGUCGUCGGAAAGCCCUGCCGAUUGGGUAGACAUUUACGAUCGAGCAAGAGAUACGCACACACGUGUAGUACAUGUAUCUUAGAAGGUGUGUGUUCUCCACCUAUAGACUUUGCUCGGCAGGAUCACGAACAAGCCAUGGACGGGUCGGGUAGCAACUUUUAUGGCGAACACGCUACGCGACGGUCUUCAUGCCACAAAUGACGCCGCACUAUGUUUGCCAGGUUCUCUUGUUUGUGGUCGACAAUACACUACGCACGUCCGUUUUCUGCGGUGGGGGGGUAGGGUCCUAAGAGAAGUCGCGCGAUCGGAAAGUUGUGGGGGGGGUGGAGGGGUGGAGGGGCGAAUUUGGGGGAGAUGAAUCCCUAGACACCUUCAUUGGGCGGCGUCUGUAUGAAAGUACUAAAGGAAGUGGCCGGUUGUUGCUGUCACCUACCAUCCAUCUUGUUGCUAUAUAGUCAAACGAGUAAAAUAGUGGUUCGUUCUGGCGCGCCCAGCUCUUCGUUCGCUCGUGUGCGCGGUGAAUGUAUCCGAGUCACGUGAAAUGCACUACAUACAUGCGACAGCCGUGGUCAUUGUUGUUCUGGUGUUCGUUGUACUUCACCAA